AUGCAUACCCCCACAGAGGAACACUGGGGGCUGCUUAAGCGUGUUCUCCGCUACAUCAAGGGGACGCUGGAAUACGGACUCCGUAUCUCCUCAUCUGCGUCCUCAGACAUUUACGCCUACUCUGAUUCCGAUUGGGCUGGCUGUCCCCUCGACCGGAAGUUCACCAGUGGCUAUGUUGUGUUUUUUGGCUCCAAGCUCAUCUCCUGGGUUUCCCGCAAGCAGCGCACAGUAGCACGCUCUUCGACAGAGGCUGAAUACAAGGGCCUGGUAGAUGUUUGUGCGGAGGUGACUUGGGUCAUGUCUUUACUACGGGAGCUGGGCAUGACUCCCACUGUUGCGCCCACACUAUGUUAUACACCUCAAUUGAGUUUCAAAAACUUCACUCUUAUUAGCCAUGUAACGUACCUUGCAUUACUGAAGAAGUUCGCAGGUUAG